GCAUGUCUUUGCGCCAUUAAUGCUCCCCAAAAGGGUGUGUGGAACUGCUGUUGUUUUCCCCCCGCGCUCUCUCUCACUCACACAAAUGUUCACCAUCUAGAGGCUGCGCCCCCAAGACAUUGUACACCCCCGAAGAGCACCGCAGAGAUCGGACCUCAUCAGCUGUACAGCCGGGCAAGCCAAAGACACCCGCGGAGGAAUGGACCUGAAGGACAAGGUGGCUCUGGUUACUGGCGCCGCGACGGGCCUCGGCAGGUCGUUCUGCGAGGAGAUCCUGCGCCACGGCGGCAAGGUGUCCAUCUGCGAUCUGGACUCGGACGCUGGCGAGCUGGCCGCCGAUGAGCUGGGCCAGACUUUCGGCCGCGAGCGGGUGCUCUUCUGCCACUGCGACGUCACGGACUACUCGCAGUACGAGGAGGCCUUCCAGACCACCAUGACGGAGUUCGACGCCAUCGACAUCGUGAUGAACAACGCCGAGAUCUGGAAUGACAAGUUCUGGGAGCUCGAGGUGGACGUGAAUCUCAAUGGCACUAUUCGCGGCACGCUGCUGGCGCAGAGAUUCAUGGGGCGCAACAACGGCGGCAGCGGCGGCAUUGUUAUCAACAUCGGCUCCGCCACGAGUGUGCGGCCGCACAUCUCCACGCCCAUAUACUCAGCCACCAAGCACGCCAUCCUGGCGCUGUCCAGGUCCUGUGGGGAUUCUUACCACUUCAAUCUCACGGGCGUGCGCGUGGUCGCCGUGUGUCCGGCUCUCCUGGAGAACGCCAUGGCGUCCAACAGCAAGCGCUUCAAGUCGCCCAGCCACGAGAAAGCCUGGCAGCUGGACGUAAAGGGACUCAUGCCCCAGAAGCUCGAGCACGUGGCGCGGUGCGUGAUUCCCAUCAUCAAGGAUGCCACAAGUGGCAGCAUUUGGUUGAUAGCCAAUGGGAAGUCCGCCAAGGAGAUUCCCUACUCAGCCGUGCAGCUCUAAGCAGUUGUUGGACAAACAUUUUUAGAGAGAAAAGAAGUAAUAAUAAUUGGUAUUAAAACCUAGAAUUUAUCACGUGAACCAAAUCAUCAAAAUGUAUCUCAGAGAUAUUUUUACCAUUUUGCGCCCUUUUCCAUCAACUCUCAAUACCAAAACAAAAAGAAAACCUCUAAUAAACUCACCCUAAUCACAUAAUUGUGCAAUAAAAAAAAUAGCUGAGAAUCUG